AUGUCAAAGCGGCCCUCGUACGCCCCCCCUCCUCCCCCCGCCCCAACAACGCAAUUGCCUUCCACCCCGGGGUUUGUGGGCUACAACCCUUACAGCCAUCUGGCCUACAACAACCUCCGCCUGGGAGGGAGCUCCGGAGGCUCCGGCAGGAACUCCACAGGGAUCACCGUCCCAAAGCCUCCCAAGCCUCCAGACAAGCCCCUGAUGCCUUACAUGCGGUACAGCCGGAAGGUAAGCAGGAAGGUUUGGGACCAAGUGAAGGCGUCCAACCCGGACCUGAAGCUGUGGGAGAUCGGGAAGAUCAUCGGAGGCAUGUGGAGGGACCUGACGGACGAGGAGAAGCAGGACUACCUCAACGAGUACGAGGCUGAGAAGAUCGAGUACAACGACUCCCUGAAGGCCUACCAUAACUCCCCGGCCUACCUGGCCUACGUCAACGCCAAGAACCGAGCUGAGGCCGCCAUGGAAGAGGAAAGCCGUCAGAGGCAGAGCCGCCUGGACAAGGGGGACUCCUACAUGAGCAUUCAGCCGGCCGAGGAUCCAGAAGACUAUGAUGACGGGUUCUCGGUGAAACACGCGGCGGCCGCUCGCUUCCAGAGGAACCAUCGUCUGAUCAGUGACAUCCUCAGUGAGAUCGUGGUCCCAGACGUUCGCUCCGUGGUCACGGUGGGACGCAUGCAGGUCCUUAAGAGGCAGGUCCAGUCCCUCAUGGUCCACCAGAGAAAGUUGGAGGCGGAGCUGCUGCAGAUCGAGGACCGACAUCAGGACAAGAAGAGGCGCUUCCUGGAGACCACAGACACCUUCAACACGGAGCUCAAGAGGCUGUGUGGGCUGAAGGUGGAGGUGGACAUGGAGAAACUGUCUGCAGAGAUGGCGGCUGCAGAGGAGGCCGCUCGGAAACGUGCUGAGGAGCGAGAGAAAGAGAAGGAGAAAGAGGAGAAGGAGGCGGCAGAGAGAGCGGCUAAGACACAGGAGGAGAAACAGAACAGCUCUGAGGCAGCUGUGGCUGAAGGAAAGGAGGAGGACAAGGACACGCCCAUGGAGACGGACGAGUCCUCGAUCCCAGACCCGUUGGCAGAGUCCAAGUCUGGGGCAGGACCCCCCUCUGACCCCCCCUCGUCCUCCUCGGGGAAGGCCUCCCCUCCCCCUGACCCCCCAGGAGACAGCACCCCAGGCUCCAGCGUCCCACCCAGCGACGACAGCAACAGCCUGCCCCCGGUGUCCACAGAGGUGCCCCCCCCAUCACUGCCCGAGCCUGCCCCCAACCAGCCCCCACCCCCAGAGGAGCCAGUGCCUCCCCCCCCUCAGCAGUUCGACCUGUGA